AUGGUGAAUUCGUGCACCGAUUACUCGCAACAGUACAUCACGAAUGUUCUCCAUGAUUCAGAGUAUGUACCGGCUGUCGCGUGGACGACGCUAUUGAGCAAGUAUCUGCCGGAAAAAAUGUUCUCAAAAUGGAAGCCGGAGGAAAUUGCCGACGGUUCGGCGCAAGUAGUACUCGCGACCGCAAAGGUGGUUUUCUUUGACGCGCAUAAUAACAAGCAUGUAGCCCGCGUAGUCCUAGAUGGAGGAGCGCAAGCCCACUUCAUAUCAGAGAAAUUCGCAACCUUGCUUAAACUAAAACGAAUUAAAACCAAUAUUCCAGUCGUAGCAAUAAACCAGAUGGAGGCAACAAUACGCCAUAAAGUUAUGGCAAAGAUCGCUUCAACGCAAGGAGAAUAUAAUACGCGUCUGUCUUUCUUGGUCGUGCCAAGCGUUUCGACACCUUUACCCGCACAACAAAUUAAUUCAAAGGGCUUAAAUAUUCCGAGAAAUUUGCCGCUCGCAGAUCCAACAUUUUAUAAGUCCUCUGAGAUCGAUGCAUUAUUAGGCGCAGAAUUAUCCUACCAGAGCCUUUGCGCAAAACAAAUCGAAAUUCAGAAUCAAAAUGCCGUAUUGCAAAAAACAAGAUUUGGGUGGGUAGUCGCAGGUAAAAUAACGGAAGAUGAAUCAAGCGUUCGAACCAUUUCUUGCAAUCUAUCUAUCAAGUCGAUACACCAUGACAUUUCUAGAUUUUGGGAAUUAGAAGAAAUUCCAGUAACGAAAUUCAUGUCCUCCUCAGAAGCUGAAGUCGAGCAACAUUUUCUAGAUAACGUAUACCGUAACGAAACAGGUAGAUACGUAGUAAGAUUACCUUUUAAUGAUAAAAAGGACAAGCUCGGGAACACAUACAACAUUGCGCGCCGGCAAUUCUUCGCGUUAGAACGUCGAUUCGCAAGACAUCCAGAAAUAAAGCUUCCGUACGUCAACUCGAUGAAAGAAUACAUAAACUUAAGACACAUGACGAAGGUUCGAAAUCCUGAUACGCGAGACAAUUACAUGUCACAUCAUGCAGUAGUCAAGUUAGACAGUACGACUACUCAAUACAGACCUGUUUUCAACGCAUCCGUUACUCCAGAGGAUGAGGAGGACGAAUACGGUCAAAUCGGUGACCACAAGAAAUCGGAAAGGGUCACAUUUAAUCAAACUUUAAUGACGGGACCGACAAUACAAAACGACAUUUUUGAAAUUUUAAUUCGUUUCCGUAUUCAUCACUUCGCGUUAAUAGCCGAUAUAGAAAAAAUGUAUCGGCAAGUGUUAGUUCACGAAGACGAUAGAAAAUACCAACAAAUUUUUUGGCGAGAAGAUCCGAACGAACCUUUAGAAGUUUAUCAACUCAACACGCUAACUUUUGGCACGAGCUGUGCACCGUUUUUAGCUAUUCGCACGUUACAUAAACUUGCAGAUGACGAGAAACACAAUUAUCCUACGGCAGCCGACGUAGUGAAACGCGAUUUUUACGUAGAUGACCUAUUAACAGGUAGUGAUACUUUAGAAAACGCCGGAAGGUUACGUGAUGAAUUAAAUUCUUUGUUAAAAUCAGGCGGUUUCAAUUUGCGAAAAUGGGCUUCAAAUGAUAACCGACUGAUUGAACCGUUGUCUAACGACUUAGCAAACGUCCAUUUAUUCUCAGAUCCAGAAAAGGCAGUCAAAACAUUAGGGAUUAAAUGGAAUUCGCAAUUAGACGAAUUAUCUUAUUCGUUAAAGGCCGAACUCAGUGCUCAGGAGAAAACUACAAAACGAACAAUUCUGUCAAACAUCGCGCAGUUAUUCGAUCCGAUAGGGUUGUUAGGCCCAAUAAUAGUCAAAGCUAAACUUAUUAUGCAAGCUUUGUGGAAAGCAAAAGUGGACUGGGACGAAACCCUCCCACUCAAUAUUCAUACCGCGUGGUUAGAUUACAAAAAACAGUUACCACUUUUAUCGAAUAUUUCCUUCGAAAGAUGUAUUGUAAUCCCAGAGUCAGUGAAUAGACAGUUACACGGUUUCUGCGACGCCAGCGAGGUCGCGUACGGCGCCUGCAUCUACAUCCGAUCUACAGAUAAACAUGGCAAAUGCCUCACACGACUAAUCUGUUCAAAGUCUAAAGUAGCUCCGUUGAAUUCGAAAAUUACAAUUCCAAGACUUGAACUUUGUGCAGCUGUACUUUUAGCUAAGCUAUAUAAAACCGUGUCGAGAGUUCUACCUAUUAAUUUCGAUAAUGUUUACUUCUGGUCUGAUUCAACUAUCACCCUCAAUUGGAUAAACACUCAGCCACAUAUUUUAAAAACGUUCGUAGCAAAUAGAGUCUCGCAAAUAAGAACUAUCACCAACGAAUCUCAAUGGCAUCAUGUACCAACACGGGAUAACCCUGCAGACGCAGUAUCCAGAGGACAAUCAGUAUCAGAAUUCAUUGAUAAUUUUACGUGGAGAAACGGCCCUGACUGGUUGAACCAUCCCCAGGACAAGUGGCCGAUUGCACCGAUUCAAAAAUUGCCACUGCUUGAAGUGCGCAAAAUCACAGUUUUAAAAACAACGCUAACAGACAAUUCGCUGUUAUCGAGAUUCUCGUCAAUUACUAGACUAAUACGGGUUAUAGCACACUGUUUACGUUUCGCAAUUAAUUGUAGCGAAAAACCCAAAAGAUUAGGGCACCUCAGUGCAAAUGAAAUUCAAGAGGCAAAAAUUCGAAUCAUCAAAUUGAUCCAGAAUCAAGCGUUCGCGAAAGAAAUUCACGAUUUAACAAAAAUUCAGAAGGUCGACAACAAGAGCCCGCUGAAAACAUUAAACCCAUUUCUCGAUCAUAACGGCAUCCUACGAGUUGGAGGCAGAAUCGUUAAUUCUCACCUAGCAUAUGAUAGCAAGCAUCCAAUACUGUUGCCAAAAAAGAGUCACGUCACGGAUCUGAUUAUCAAGCACGAACACGAGAUCUCGUUACAUGCAGGAAUUCAGAACACGCUGUACCAAGUUCGUACACAGAACCCAACUCCGCAACAUAUUAUGGGUAACUUGCCUAAAAAUCGUCUCAUUCAAUCCAGACCAUUCAUAAACACAGGGAUCGAUUAUUGUGGUCCAUUUAUGAUUAAAGAGAAAAAGUUUCGCAACCGCAAUAAAAUCAAGGCCUACGUAGCAGUUUAUGUUUGCUUUGCAACCAAAGCUGUUCAUUUGGAAGCUGUCAGUGAUUUAACAACUGACACAUUUCUAGGUAGUUUGCGACGUUUUUUCGCUAGACGAGGCAAGAGUAAAAACAUUUAUACUGAUAACGGCACCAAUUUUGUCGGUGCCAAUAAUGAGUUAAAACGAUUAUAUGAGUUCAUUCGAUCUGAGGAAUUCAACAACUCAAUUUCAAAUAAGCUGGCUAAUGAGACAAUCGCAUGGCAUUUUAUUCCACCUAGAUCUCCACACUUUGGUGGAUUGUGGGAAUCGGUAGCGAAGUCGUUCAAAAAUCAUUUCCUUCGCAGGGCAGGAGAUGCCUUAUUAACAUUUGAGGAAUUUAGUACGCAUGUAUGUGAAAUCGAGGCUAUUCUUAACUCGCGUCCGUUAACACCCGUUUCCACCGAUCCAAACGACCUAAUAGCCCUCACUCCUGCACAUUUCUUGAUCAACGAUUCAUUAAUGAGCAUACCAGACGUAGAUUUCUCCGAUACUCCGGCAAACAGACUGUCCAUCUGGGAGAAGAUGCAGAAAUCAAGACAGCAUUUCUGGCAGAGAUGGCACAAAGAAUAUCUCAAUGAACUGAUCCGCAGAAGCAAAUGGUCAUCGCCGAAGUCCGACCUAAUCACCGUAGGAGCCAUGGUGCUUUUACAAGAAGAAAAUAUUCCUCCAUUGCAAUGGCCUCUCGGACGCAUUCUUGAAAUUCAUCCGGGUGACGACGGAGUUGUACGCGUUGUUAGCGUAAAAACAGCAAAUGGAGUCUUCAAACGAACUGUUAAGAAGAUCGCAGUGUUACCAAUCGAGCAAGCUGAUUGUUCAACCCUCGAUAUAUGUAAUUGA